AUCAACAAAAGUUACAACCAUGUGGGUUCUGAACUGAAGGCGCUCAAGUUGGUGAGCUUGCAGAAUCAUGGCUCAUGAAUUCAAGAACUUUCUUUAUGUGUUCUGUGGCAAGCAGAAGAUACAGCCAACAUAUACGUAUGAGGAGGAGGACAAUGCAUUCUACUGUGAGGUUCGUGUGACUGGGUAUGACUUCAUCGGAUGUGGGGAGGCCAAAAACAAAAAGGAAGCUCAAGGUCUGGCUGCUCAAAAGUUCUGUGAAUUCUUAACAAGUGCUGGAUUUGUGAAUCCGUCGGCACUCCCCAAACCACCGCCCACUAACUCUGCUGACGUGGAUUCGGCUUCACACCCUCACACACCAACCACGUCACUUCCACACUCGCCUCCCGUGUCAGUACUUCAACCACAACCUGCUGGACCUCUUAUACCGCCCCCUCCACACCCUCACACACCACCAAUAUCACACCCUCAUGCACCACACCCUCGCACACCACCCUUCUCACACCCUCACAGUCACAUCCCUCAGUAUACAGCUAACGUAUCUGGCUACACCUCUUUUUCUGAGUCCUCUCACAGUGAUGAAGCGAUUAAAUCGGAGUCUCCCUCCAACCUUGGAGAAGGGCAGGGAUUAAAGAGGAGCUUUGAUCAAAUUCCACUCCCCCGCCCCCUACAGACUGGUGGGGAGGACGCUGGUAAUUACACAAUGGAGAACGCCAAGUCUCGACUUCACCUCUACCUGGAGCAGACCAGACAGCCUAGGGACAUGCAGCUACGCCCUAUAGGCCCUGACCACACCAGGACGUUUAUUGCUGAGAUGAGAAUAUCAGUACCGGAACUGCACAGAACCAUAUUUGCCCAAGAGCACUCAGGCACUAAGAAGGGGGCUAGCAAUGCCCUGGCCUUGAACCUAGUGAGACAGCUGUUUCAGUUGGGGGUCAUUGAUGCCGGACGAGCCCCAGGGGAAAAAAAACAAUCUAAACAGGUGGGGCCGAGGGAUGUGGUAGUUCCACAGCCAACACUGGACCUCCUGUGCAAGCUGUUAGGGGACCUCAGCAUUACUCCUGUCACCAAGCCUGAAGAAGGUGAUGAACCAUUCUCUCUCCUCCUCCCGCUCCCUAAGCCUUCUGGUAACCAAGACUACCUGGGUGACCAAUCAGGUGUGGUUAAGUGGGAGGCCCCCCACAUUGACUGGAGUCCGUGGACAAGACAUAGUGCAUACAGUGAGGGAGGGGAUUACAGUGAGCUAGAGCCUGAGGCUAGAGCAGCAGCUGUGAAUCACGACCUCUUCCAGCAACUGAGUCAACGGAAGGGAGAGGACAGUAAAUUGCAGCAGAGCCUCGAAACUCGUCAGAAGUUACCGAUAGCAAUCAAGGCCUCGGAGAUAGUGUCAAUGAUACAACAGCAUCCAGUGGUGAUCAUCCGUGGGAACACAGGGUGUGGGAAGACCACUCAGGUUCCUCAGUUUAUACUGGAUAGCAUGAUCGCUAGUGGGAAGGGGACACAGUGCAACAUCGUGGUGACUCAGCCUCGUCGUUUGAGUGCCGUGUCAGUGGCCGAGCGUGUGGCCUGUGAGCGGUGUGAGUGGGUGGGGGAGACCGUGGGGUAUAGUGUGAGGUUCGAGUCCGUCCUCCCUCGGCACUACGCCUCCAUUCUCUUCUGUACUGUCGGUGUGCUGCUGCGUAAGCUCGAGUCUGGGCUGAUGGGUGUGUCUCAUGUCAUAGUGGACGAGGUCCACGAGAGAGAUAUCAAUUCUGAUUUUCUGCUGGUUGUGCUGAGGGACAUGGUGCGAGUGUACCCACACCUCAAAGUCGUCCUCAUGUCCGCCACCAUCGACACCUCGCUCUUUGCUGCCUACUUUGACCACGCCCCCAUACUAGAGAUCGUCGGAAAAGCAUUCCCUGUGCAAGAGUACUACCUCGAGGAUGCUAUUGAGAUGCUUCACUUCAUCCCCCAACCUCACAUGAAAAAGAAGGAGGUGGAAAUGGUGGAUGACGAGGAAACGGAGAACCUGAACAAAGUGUGUGACCUCACCAAGUACAGCCUCCCCACCCAGCACGCCAUGAGUCUCAUGAGUGAAAGGGACAUCCCCUUUGAGCUCAUCGAGGCGUUGCUUGGCUACUUCAAGAGUUUGAAUCAUCCAGGAGCCGUGCUUGUCUUCUUGCCAGGCUGGAACACCAUUUUCUCACUGCUACGACAGCUCUCCGCCCACCCCAUAUAUGGCUCAACCCAGUAUAGGCUCCUCCCCUGCCACUCCCAGGUCCCACGGGAGGAACAGCGUAGAGUAUUUGAGCCAGUGCCGGAAGGGGUCACAAAGGUUAUCCUGGCCACCAACAUAGCCGAGAGCAGUAUUACCAUUGACGAUGUGGUUUAUGUCAUUGAUGCUGGAAAAGCCAAGAUCAAGACAUUCACAUCUCACAACAACAUGACCCAGUACAGUACUGUGUGGGCGUCCCGGACCAAUCUUGAGCAGAGGUGUGGCCGUGCCGGACGAGUGAGGGAGGGCUACUGCUUCCAUCUCUGCUCCAGGGCUAGAUAUGACAAACUUCCCCUCCACAUGACCCCCGAGAUCCAGCGCAUCCCUCUACAUGAGAUAGCCCUCUCCAUCAAGCUCCUCAAACUUGGCCAUGUUUCCUCAUUCCUACAGCGAGCCAUUGAAGCUCCACCCAGUGGGUCCGUCACUGAGGCCCUCGUAUUGCUACGGGAGUUGGAGGCACUCGACGUCAAUGACGAGCUAACACCCUUGGGAACAAUACUGGCUCGACUGCCCAUUGAACCACGACUAGGGAGGAUGAUUGUGUUGGGCUCCAUUUUUGGUGUGGGAGACGCCCUUUGCUCCAUUGCUGCUCUAACAAGUUUCCAGGAACCGUUCAUCGUACCCCCCAAGUUGAAGCGGUUGCCCUAUGAGCACAAGAAAUUUUCUGGGUACAGAUCCAGCGACCACCUUGCCAUGCUCAAUGCAUUCUACCAAUGGGAGGAAGCCAAGUCUCAAGAUGAAGCCUCUGCAUUGGCAUUUUGUGACAGUAACUACUUAUCACUGUCAUCUUUGAGAAUGGCAGGCGAGGCCAGGGACCAAUUGAAGCAGCUGCUCAUUAACGCUGGCUUCCCUGAAGAGUUGUUUGCGCCGUGUCCUGUGAGGGUGCGAGGGGAGGACAGUCGAGGGGACCUGGUGACCGCGCUCCUCUGUGCCGGCCUCUACCCCAACGUGUCCUACCACUUGGAGAAGAGAAGGUUAGUGACCUCGGACUCAAAGACGGCGCUCAUUCACAAGUUGUCAGUCAACAACAUCCACAAGGAUCCAUUCUUCUCAUCUCCGUAUUUCAUCUUUGAUGAGAAGCUGAAGACGCGAGCAAUAUCAGCCAAGGGUACGACCAUGGUGGAGCCCAUCCACCUCUUACUCUUUGGCUCCUCCUCUGUCAUUUACCAUGGCGAUAAUGUCGUCAAGUUGGACGAGUGGAUUCCACUGACCUUAAGCCUGGAGACAGGCGCUCUGAUUGGUGGAUUGAGACAGGCCAUUGACGACAUGCUCACACGCAUGGCAACCAACCCAGCUCUGCUGUGUCGGCAUUCUCCCCUGGAUGACGAAAUUAUUCAUGCUGUAGAGUCGCUUGUCUGCUUAAAAGCCACACCUGCCAAUCCCCCACCCCCUAUCCACAGAUCUGUUCCCGCUCACUCUCCGUGGAGGGGUCAAAGUGCUCGUGGGUAUAGAGGUCGUGGUUUCCGUGGUCGUGGUUUCCGAGGACGCUAUGCUCCACGACGACCCGCCAGAGGUGGGUUCAGAGGUCACAUGGGUCCACGACCACCAUACAGAGGCUAUUAUUAGAACUAUAAAAUGUCAUGUGAAUAUUUUGAUGUGAUAUCACUGUGUUUUGUAUUUGUUUAUUGUCACUUAUGUUUCACCAACAAUAUUAAUGUGGAGAACAAG